ACUAUAGUAAUGAACGACUGUAUAAUCCGUGGAGACCUGGCCAAUGUCAGGGUGGGGAGGCACUGUGUUGUGAAGAGCCGGAGUGUCAUUCGGCCGCCGUUCAAAAAAUUCAGCAAAGGAGUGGCCUUCUUCCCGCUGCACAUCGGAGACCAUGUGUUUAUAGAGGAAGACUGUGUGGUGAACGCUGCUCAGAUCGGAUCUUACGUUCACAUCGGGAAGAACUGUGUCAUCGGUCGGCGGUGUGUGUUGAAGGAUUGCUGUAAGAUCCUCGACAACACAGUUCUUCCUCCUGAGACCGUGGUUCCUCCCUUCACUGUGUUCUCAGGAUGCCCAGGUCUGUUUUCAGGAGAGCUCCCAGAAUGUACCCAGGACCUGAUGAUUGAUGUGACCAAGAGUUACUACCAGAAAUUCCUCUCUCUCAGCCAGAUAUAAACCCCUUAACCUACGCUACCCUAACCUACCCCACCUUAACCUACCCUACCUUAACCUACCCCACCUUAACCUACACUACCUUAACCUACCAUAACCUACGCUACCUUAACCUACCCUACCUUAACCUACCUUAACCUACACUAUCCAGAUAUAACCCCUACCAUAACCUACCCUACCUUAACCUACCCUACCUUAACCUACACUACCUUAACCUACCCCACCUAACCUACCCUACCCUAACCUACCUUAACCUACACUAUCCAGAUAUAACCCCUACCUUAACCUACCCUACCUUAACCUACCCUACCUUAACCUACCUUAACCUACCCUACCUUAACCUACCCUACCUUAACCUACCUUAACCUACACUACCUUAACCUACCUUAACCUACCCUACCUUAACCUACCCCACCUUAACCUACCCUACCUUAACCUACCCUGCUCUACACUAUCAAGAUAUAACCCCUACCAUAACCUACCAUAACCUACCCUACCUUAACCUACCCUACCUUAACCUACCCUGCUCUACACUAUCAAGAUAUAACCCCUACCAUAACCUACCUUAACCUACCCUACCUUAACCUACCUUAACCUACACUAUCCAGAUAUAACCCCUACCAUAACCUACCCUACCUUAACCUACCCUACCUUAACCUACCCUACCUUAACCUACCCUACCUUAACCUACCUUAACCUACACUAUCCAGAUAUAACCCCUACCUUAACCUACCCUACCUUAACCUACCCUACUCUGCUCUACACUAUCCAGGUAUAACCACUACCUUAACCUACCUUAACCUACGCUACCUUAACCUACCCCACCUUAACCUACACUACCUUAACCUACCCUACCAUAACCUACCUUAACCUACACUAUCCAGAUAUAACCCCUACCUUAACCUACCCUGCUCUACACAAUCAAGAUAUAACCCCUACCAUAACCUACCUUAACCUACCCUACCUUAACCUACCUUAACCUACACUAUCCAGAUAUAACCCCUACCAUAACCUACCCUACCUUAACCUACGCUACCUUAACCUACACUAUCCAGAUAUCACCCCUACCUUAACCUACCCUACCUUAACCUACCCUACCUUAACCUACACUACCUUAACCUACCCCACCUAACCUACCUACCCUAACCUACCUUAACCUACACUAUCCAGAUAUCACCCCUACCUUAACCUACCCUACCUUAACCUACACUACCUUAACCUACCCCACCUAACCUACCUACCCUAACCUACCUUAACCUACACUAUCCAGAUAUCACCCCUACCUUAACCUACCCUACCUUAACCUACGCUACCUUAACCUACACUACCUUAACCUACCCUAACCUACACUAUCCAGAUAUCACCCCUACCUUAACCUACCCUACCUUAACCUACCCUACCUUAACCUACACUACCUUAACCUACCCUACUCUGCACUAUCCAGAUAUAACCCCUACCUUAACCUACACUACCUUAACCUACCCUACCUUAACCUACCCUAACCUACACUAUCCAGAUAUAACCACUACCUUAACCUACACUACCUUAACCUACCCUAACCUACACUAUCCAGAUAUCACCCCUACCUUAACCUACCCUACCUUAACCUACCCUACCUUAACCUACCCCACCUUAACCUACCCUACUCUGCUCUACACUAUCCAGAUAUAACCACUACCUUAACCUACCCUACUCUCCUCUACACUAUCCGAUCCUUGUUCUGCCCAGUUAACUCACUGUUCCCCUGAACAAGGCAGUUUACCCACUGUUCCUAGACCAGUUUACCCUCUGUUCCUAGACCAGUUUACCCACUGUUCCUAGACCAGUUUACCCUCUGUUCCUAGACCAGUUUACCCUCUGUUCCUAGACCAGCAUUGAAAAUAAAAAUUUGUUCUUAA